AUGUGGCUUUCUUCUAAAGGCUUUAAAACUCUUCUAGCUGAGCCAGAGUCACAAUCAAUCAUAUUUUCCCUCGUAAAUUUUUUAGUAUUGAUUUAUGUCCUGUUUUUUCUUCUCACAUGGCCUUAUACAUUAUUUGCCUUGAUUGCUCAUGUUGCUGUCUUCACUGUUGUAAUUAAGCGCCUGUCAGCUGGUCGUUUAUAUACUCCAAAAAAGAAUUUGAAGAAUCAAACUGUUGUAAUUACAGGCGCUGCUACAGGAAUAGGACGAGUAACUGUCGUUGAAUUGGCUAAACUAGAAGCACUUGUUAUUGUUGGUAUACGUGGUCAAGAAAGAGCCGAAGGUGUAGCUCAAGAGUUAAGCAACGAAUCUCAUGGAAAUGUUAUUGGUCAUCAUUUAGAUCUAAGUGAUUUAUCAAGUAUUAAUGCAUUUGCUAAAAAGAUCGAUAAAGUUGAUAUUUUAAUCAACAAUGCGGGAGUUUCAAAACGAAAGAAAGAACUUACCAGAGAUGGUCUGGAAUGUACUUUUGGAACAAAUCACAUUGGUCAUUUCUACUUAACUCAACUUCUUCUUCCUUUACUUAUUCAGUCGAAUGGACGAAUUAUUAAUGUCAGCAGCAUUAUGCACGUUACUGUAGCUUAUUCUAGAUCAAAAUUGGCCAAUAUUCUAUAUGCUGCCGAGCUGCAACGACGCUAUGGAGAUCGUGGUAUUAAGGCAUACUCACUUCAUCCUGGUUUCAUUCCUGCAACUGAAAUAUCUCGCGAAAGAAAAGCUUUUGAAGCAGUCUUUAAUAUCCUGUUUGGUGUUUGCUCAUAA